AUGUCGCUCAAAAAGUGGAAGAAAACCCAGCUUUUGGACUUGGCGAAUAAACUCGACGUUCACGUUUCUCAGUCGUCAACCAAGGCUAAAAUCGCCGAUGUUAUCGAUGAGUAUCUGAAGGAACUGGAAAAACCAUUGGAUCUAGUGGAAUAUCCGGAACUGGCAGCUUAUUACGAGGAAUCCGCGGCCAACACCGAUGAAGACGAGAUCAGCGAUCUGAACGAAGACACCGAAGGUUUGAAGGAACGUCUCAAGGCCAAAGUCCAAGACACCGCAGAAGCAGUGGCCGAUGUAGUUAGCAACGCAGUGACGUCGAUCACCUCGAACGAGACCAAGGUCGAAAGCGACAUCGAUGACGAAAACGAAGAUGAGGAUAGCCUUAUUAACGGAGAAUUGCCUGAAGGAACACCGCUGCAAAAUUGGUUUUCCAAGUUGGAUUUCCAACGGAUCACUCCUGCGGAGGGCUCGUUUGCAUUCAAAUUCAAUGAAUUCCUCCAGGAUGUCCCAAACAAGACUUUGAAAGCCAAUGAAAGCGUCCAGGAUGCACUUUCGACCAUUCCUGCGGUGGAUGCGAUUUUCCUGGCGAUCGAAGCUUACGUUUACGUGGCUCGCAACCAUCUGGAAUUUUCGACAGAGAGACCAUUUAUCGCAAUCACGUCCGGAUGGCAAGAAGUUGGGGCCUUGACGUCGUUCUGGGCGGUGUGGUCGGUGUUGAUCCCCACGUUUGUGUCAUACUAUGUGAAUUUCAUUCGCUACGAUCUGCCGGAGGUCUCUAUUGACCCUAUGGUUUUCCACAUCACAAAAGCGCUCCUGGCGCUUUUGUUGACGCAAUGGAAGCCCUCGUUUGCGGACGAAGCCGCAUAUGCAGUGAAAGAUGUGUCUGGAUCUGUUUCGGAGUACGAAACCGCGGCUCAUUGGUUCCGAUACGCUUUGACGGAAUGGAAGCUACAAUUGGGGCUAUUGCCGUUUAUAUUGGCAUUUGCCGGGUCCGCGCUAUGUUUGUACGUUUUGUGA